AUGGAUUACAGCCCCAAUCCAAAUAGACCUCGUGGAAUUGAUCUCUUGGGGACAUCCAAGCUCUCAGAGCUUCCCAAGCAGAAGAACAUCAUCACCUAUGAGCUUUGUGCAAAUCAACAGCGACCUUUAGCGGGAGCACUUCGAAACGCCUUCUUCAAUACCGCUCGGCGGACUUGGGCGCAAGUAUUUUAUGUUGGGCCACCGCUUGUAGCUGCGUACUUGAUUAUGGAUUGGGCAGAGAAGCGGAACCAUUAUCUGAAUUCGAAGGAGGGAAGGCUAGCGAUUCGGGGAGCUAAUUCUUAG